AAAGCAUCUCUUGGUUCCAGCUCCUGCAGAGCAUCCUCGGUCACCCACUGUCUCUAUAGACACAGCAUCCUCUGUAGCAGGCAGUUAGGGGUUUGUGUAAAAAAGAGCCUUCUCAAGCAUCUGUGGAAGAAGAAACCAGAGAUCCAGAGUGGAAAGAUGAUGGCAUGCACAGAGAUGCUGACAAUGUGCUUGCUUUCUGCCAAGCAUGCUUACAGCCCCAAAUCCACUGAGACCCAGCAGCACUAUGGCAAAGGACUCACGAUCUUCCAUGAUAUUUUUCGGCGAGCUGACAAGAAUGAUGAUGGGAAGUUGUCAUUUGAAGAAUUUAAAAACUGUUGUGCUGAUGGCAUCCUCAGCUCUGAAGAACUAUGGGAGUUGUUCAGUGGCAUUGACAGACGUCAUUCAGGCAAUUUAGAGACUGAAAAGUUUUGUGAUUAUUUCUCAGAACAUCUUGGAGAAUACAGGCAUGUUCUAUCUGCUUUGGAGCAACUCAACACUGCAGUCUUGUCAGCCAUGGAUAAAACCAAACUGGUGUAUGAGAACUCCUCCAAAAUGGAACAGUUUGUGACUCGCUUCCUAUUGCGGGAGACAAUGAACCAGUUACAAUCCCUGCAGGUCUCACUGGAGUGGGCUGCAGACACCAUUGAAGAACAAGCUGGCCAAGAAAGGAAGGAUGUAAAAAAACCACAAGCGCUUGUUGGACCACGCACUCUAAAAAGAUGUGGCCGUAGAGUUCAGAAGAACAUCUGCUUGUCUCCUACAGAUCCUUAUUCAGGGAUGCUGACCACAGGCGUUUGUGUGAACACCAAUAACCACUGGACUUCUCAGGUUGACCACCUACAGCAACUUAUUGACAAACUGGAAUGUAAGAAUCCAAGGCUGGAACCUCUGAAAGACAACAUGGUCUGCAAAGGAAGGGAUUCUCACAUCUUGGUGGCACAGAGACAAAUCUCAGUGGGAGAAAGUGGAUUAGAGGCAUUCUGCCAGGCACUCCAAUCCUACACAGAAAUCACAUCUGGACAGAGCAGCUGCCUACAUGUAUCUGCUCACAAAAUGAUGUUGAGCGACACAUGCUUCAUCUUGUAUGAGUUCUGGCAAGACGUGGCUUCAUGGGGAAGCCACGUGCAAUCAGACUACAGUAUGAAGUUCCAACAUGCCAUCAUGGAGAUAGUGGACUCUCCAGAACUCUUAACCACUAUGCUUUUUCCAGCUUCAUGGUGGAUCAUGAACAAUAACUGAUGUUCCCUCAAGACAACCAGCAUGUAGAUGGAUCAAGCACUCUCUUUCAUAGAAAGCCUUCCUUCCAGAGCUGUCCUUCCUUAUCCCACUCUCCUUCAGUGUUGCUUUCUUCCUCUGUAUUCAUGUAGAAUGCUUCCUUUCUUCUGCAACUGUGGAAAUGGGACAGUGCUUUUGAAUGUACCCUGCCAUCCUGCCUGAACAUCACCUGCAUCCUACUUCCUUGUUAACAUAGGAUUUUUCACUCAAAGCAAUGGCAUAUCCUUGCUAGCAUGUUGUCUAAAAGAACAAACUAUCAUGAAAGCAUUAUGGUUGGUGAUAUGACAGUCAGUUGACUGUCAUUUGUAACAUGUCAAUGCAAAAGUAGAGAAUAAUUUAUAUGCUCUUUGGCACAGUUCUCAUAAAUACUGACAAGGAAACCUUCUCUGUGGUUACCAUAAAAAGUACUUUCUUGCAUGAUAAAGAGCUGUAGCAGUAUCUGCUUAGAUUCUUCUUGAAUCAAAGUGAAUCUCUGUUAAAGGCAGUCAUUGAUUUGUAUCAAAUAAUGAGUACUGGGAUGAAGAAAUAUGGUCCUUCCAAUGGGAAUACUUUGACUGCAACUCCCAUCAGCCAUAGCUAGCAUAGUCAAAGGCUGAAGAAGAUCUAGAGGAUCACAUUGCCCAUCCCUGAACUUGACAAUAUCAUCUGCAGUCUGAUCAGUUUCCUAAGCCUUUGUUUUAUCAUAUCUGUAAUGCUAGAUGCUAUAUCCAAUGUAGAGAACUGAUGUUUAAAUUUGCAUUCUUUGAACAUUGUAUGAAAUCCUGAACAAUGUAAAACUUUAUUUUCUCUUUAAAACAAUCAAUAUGAAGUAGAAAUAAGCAGAAUGUGGGUGUGAUUUUAUUUUAGGAUAGCUGAAAACAUGAAACAAUGAGGAUGGUGCUAUGUUUUCAUCUAGGAAUGGCUAACUCCUCUCAUCUCAAGGGCUAUUCAAUUCUUUGGUCAGAAGCCUGAAUGCCCAACUAUAGUUUCAUGCAGAAACCAGAGCCGGGGUGUGUGUGGUGUGUGAACUAGUGUUCCAUAAUUACUGGGACAGUAUGGGAAAUAGCCAUUUCAGUUGUAUUCUGAGAGCUGUAGUCCUAAAAAUUAAUUUUUCCAAGCUCUGGCAUAAACUAACUUGGUUAGGCCUCAUAAUAAAAGUAACAUCAUCACUUUUGAUCUAGCAAGGGCUUCACAGUUAUGGAGAACAUGUAAUGAGGCAAAAUGGGGCCACUGCAUAUUUGAUUUGCUUCUGUCAGUGUUCCAGACUGCUAUUUGCUUAAAGGAGGCCUGUAAGUCUCCCUCUUUCUCAUGAGAUAAAAGCGACAGUGGUGUGGUCAUGAGGAGCAAGGAUGGGACAAUUUUAGGCAUUUCAGUUUCAUGACUUCUUCAUUCCCCUGAUGGCAAAAUUGUUUCAGCCCACCUUUUUGUGUGCAUUUCGCCUUAUAAAUGUAUUUCAUACACACUUUUUUUCUAGCGUGUGUAUUUUUUGCAAGCAUUCUUUCCCCAGUAUAUUGUAGUUUUGUGCACCUUUCUCCCUAAUAUACAAAUUUUUGUGGAGGCUUUUCCCCUGUUGUAAACCAGAAUGCAAAGGUCUGAAACUUGUCAAUUUCUCUGUGCAAGUGUGUGUUGGUUCAUUUAUAAGUUCUGCAAGUAUACAUUUGGUUACACUCAUACACAAAUGUAGACCUGACACGAUACUGCUAUUUCUCCCGUUGGGAGUUUUAUAGGGAAAGAAAUUCUUGGGGAAAGGGGUAAGCAUUCCCUUGCCUUGUACUCUUUUUCCUGUGGGUGUUUGCAAUGGGGGACUUUUAAGAUUUCAUCAUACUUAGCCUCAUUGUAAGGUAUUUUGUAUGUUGGAAGGUUUGUACAUAGGGAGAGAAGAAGAAUAUAUUGAAAACUCUUCUACACAAAUGUAUAGCGCAUAUGCCAAAAAAAAGUCUCAUUACAGUCUGUUUCCUGGGAAUUGUAGGAUGUUAUGGAGAGGGGCUUAAGCCUUUAGAGAAUUCCCAGAAUCCUCAUCAAACUACCAUUCCCAGGAUUCCUUGAGAGAACCUGAACAGUCUCUUAUUUUGCUUCAAUUCUCUGACUGGUUUUUGUAAACAGGCAGUCCAACAGCACUUACUCUGCUACUGGGGGAAAAAUAACCUUUAGAAAAUAGAAAAGAAAGUUUAAUGGUGUUCAGAAACAAAACAUAACUUUCUCAGAACUAGUGGUUUGAAGCUUUGCCAUCAGUAUAUAGCUCCCCCAUAAAAAUAAGGGACAUCAUUCAUUUGCAAAAAAAAGAAAGAGAGAAAGCUAUCAAUCCAAGGAAAGCAAAGUUUCUUAUCCAUUUUACAAAUGCCUGGUUAUUUAGUGUUCUUUUUGUGUAAAUUCAAAGCUGUCUGUACUCAGUAACCAAAACAUGGCUGUGUCUCCUGUUUCUUUAUCUCUUAAUAAACAAUUCCACACUCCUGCA